AUGGCGUUAGAUCGAGCAGUUAAAGAUAAAAUCAAUUUAAAACAAGAUCCUGAACAGGAUAAAGCCGCACGCGAAUGGAUCGAAGCAGUUACAGGUGAGAAAUUUUCCACCGAUGAUUAUGCCGAAGCUCUUCACGAUGGUGUUCUUCUUUGCAAAUUAAUGAACAAACUCAAACCUGGUUCAAUCCCGAAAAUUCACACAUCGGGCGGUCCAAUGAAAUUACGCGAGAAUAUCGGACUUUUUCAAAGUGCUGCCCGUGCUUACGGAGUCAGUGAAAGUGAAGUUUUUCAAGCGGUGGAUUUAUUCGAUAAGCAAAAUAUUCAACAAGUUACCUUAUGUAUUUUUGCUUUGAAUCGUCUUGCGCAAAAGCAGAACUUCAGUGGACCAAAACUUAAUUAUCAAACAAAAUUACCGACUUAUGAUUGA